AAGAGUAAAGUUGUCAUUUAGAGUAUUCCAUGUUUAUUAUUGUAAUUUUCACCAAAGAACCUCAUUUUACCGAGUGUUACGUAUUCGAAAUUCUGCUGGCUUUAUGUCAUUCCUGUCUCUAGAAUUUGUUCCAGGUUCAAUAAUCAGUGGAAAUGCGAAACAGAACAUCAUUUCGCCACCAUCUCCGUACAUAUUCCAUUCAUUCACCAGCUUCAGCUGAAAGUUCGGUGGUUGGCAAAAUUGACUCUCUGGACGUGAGCUCGUGCGACCCAGAACCGUGUCAGCUGAAACACAACACCAAUACAACAGUGACCAUCAAGUUGACUACCAAUGAGCAAGUGACAGCAGGGAAAACGGUUGUCUAUGGAAUUAUUGAUGGAUUACCCGUUCCGUUUCCCAUACACCCAAACGAUGCCUGCAAGAACAUGCCUUGUCCAGUGUCGACGGGAGCCACAGUUACCUAUCAGAAUAAAAUAUUUAUUUUACCAUCAUACCCAAAGAUUAAACUUGUGGUGAAGUGGGAAAUCCAGGACCAAAAUGGAAAAGAUAUCAUCUGCUUUGCUAUUCCAGCUAUAAUUGUUGACUGAAAUAUUUAAAAAUUAAAAUAUAUACCAUUUUAGAUGUAUAAAUACAUGCACACACAAA